AUGGUUCUAAUAGGUUUCAUCGAUGAACCUAAAGGAGGAAAAACAGCUUAUGAUGACGAUCCAUCCAAUUGGACUAUUUCAAGAAUCGGCGGACAACCUGCCUAUCCCAGUGAAGAAGUCUCAAUAAAAUUGAAAUCUUGCCUUCUAUGUGCAAAAUGUCAAGCCGAACAGAUAUUUAUUUGUCAAGUCUAUUGUCCGUUGGAAGGUCAUAAAUAUGAUCGUACUCUGUAUUUGUUUGCAUGUCGAAAUCCAUCUUGUUGGAAUACAUCAGCUAGUUGGACUGCAAUACGUUGUCAAAAGUUCGAUGAAACAGUUGAAGAAUCAAACCAAAUUGAUGAUGCACCACCAGCUAUGGUACCGGUAGCAGCAACUGAUUGGUGUGAUGAUGCUGAUGCAUGGAAUAGUGAUGAUAAUGAUGAUGGUGUUAAAAUUGAGAAAAAGCCAAUCCCGGUUGUUGCAGAGGUUAAAAAAGAAAUAAAAAUAGAACCAGAAGUACCAUUGAGUACGAUGACAAUCGAAGACGAAAAUGAAAAAUCAUCGAGUGAUGAGGAAGAUGAAAUAGAUAUUGAUGCAAAAACAAAAUCUAAAGAUAAGCCUGUACCGGUUGCAUCAAUUGAUGCUUUUAAUGAAUGGAAAAAAACGAAUCUAAAAACGCAAACAUUAGAUACGUCCCAUACUGCAUCGUUUCCAUUUUAUUAUAUUGUUAUUGAUGACGAACAAGAUGUUAUUGAUGAAGCUAAAUUAAAUGAAAAAAAGACAUUAAAAAAGAAGGUAAGACAAUUGAACGCUAUCGACGAGGACGAAGAUGAUGAUUCAACGAAAGGUGGAAAAGAAAAAUAUGAAAAAACACCUGAUAUCGAACAUGGUGAUGUCGUUUUUUAUCGAUUUCAACAAAAAAUUAGAUAUGCACCUGAUCAAAUCAUCCGAUAUGAUUGGUCUGGUAAUCCAUUGAUUUUAACCAAGCUCAAUGCCAAUACAUUAUCAACAACUCAAAAAUGUCGUCACUGUCAAUCGUCGUGUGUUUUUGAAUUUCAACUGAUGCCAGCGCUUGUUAAUUUCCUCAAAAUAGAUAAUCAAAUCGGCCUUGAAUUUGGCGCUGUUUUUGUUUACACGUGUUCCGCUAAUUGCUGGAAUACUACUACUAAUAAUGAUGAUCUGUAUCGAUUUGAAAAUGUUUUUGUUCAAGCAGAUCCAGAUCAGAGUUUAUUUGACUAA